CGCACCCCCCCCAGGUGCCCCCCUCUAAACGCCCCCCCCUUGCACGCCCCCCCCCAGACAAGCAGACGGAGGUGGAGAUCCCGUCGCCCACCCCCAAGGAGCGGGAGAAGAAGAGGCGCCAGCAGCCCAUGUGCCACAUCAGCGGGGUGAAGAAGCUGCCCCACGGCUGCAGCCUCACCAACUGCAGCAUCCCUCGCUUCGGCGUCAAAUCCGACCAGGAGGAGCUGCUCGGCAAGGAGCUGGACAACCUCAACAAGUGGGGGCUGAACAUUUUCCGCGUCUCCGAGUACUCCAACAACCGCUCGCUCAGCUGCAUCAUGUACACCAUCUUCCAGGAACGGGAGCUGGUGAAGACCUUUAAGAUCCCGGUGGACACGCUGCUGACCUACACGCUGACGCUGGAGGACCACUACCACGCCGACGUCGCCUACCACAACAGCCUGCACGCCGCCGACGUCAUGCAGUCCACGCACGUCCUGCUCUCCACGCCCGCCCUCGACGCGGUGUUCACCGACCUGGAGAUCCUGGCGGCUCUCUUCGCCGCCGCCAUCCACGAUGUCGACCACCCCGGCGUCUCCAACCAGUUCCUCAUCAACACCAAUUCGGAGCUGGCGCUGAUGUACAACGACGAGUCGGUGCUGGAGAACCACCACCUGGCCGUGGGCUUCAAGCUGCUGCAGGAGGAGAACUGCGACAUCUUCCAGAACCUCAGCAAGCGGCAGCGCCAGACCCUGCGCAAGAUGGUCAUCGACAUGGUCCUGGCCACCGACAUGUCCAAGCACAUGAGCCUCUUGGCCGACCUCAAGACCAUGGUGGAGACCAAGAAGGUGACGAGCUCCGGGGUGCUGCUGCUGGACAACUACACGGACAGGAUACAGGUGCUGCGGAACAUGGUGCACUGCGCCGACCUGAGCAACCCCACCAAGCCGCUGGAGCUGUACCGGCAGUGGACCGACCGCAUCAUGGAGGAGUUCUUCCGGCAGGGCGACAAGGAGCGCGAGCGGGGCAUGGAGAUCAGCCCCAUGUGCGACAAGCACACCGCCUCCGUGGAGAAGUCCCAGGUGGGCGGCGGGCGGGGGGACGCCGUGUCACCCCGGCUGGGUGGCCCCGUGGGCUUGGACGUGGCCGUGGACGUUGGAUGGGGACAGGGAGCUGUGGUGUCACCCCAGUUGGGUGUCUCUUCAUGGUUGGACAUGGCCAUGGACGUUGUAUGGGGACAGGGAACCACUGGAUGAGGACAGGGACCUGUGGUGUCACCCCAGUUGGGUGUCCCUUUGUGUUUGGACAUGGCCAUGGACGUUGGGUGGGGACAGGGAGCUGUGGUGUCACCCCAACUGGGUGUCCCCUCAUGGUUGGACAUGGCCAUGGACGUUGGGUGGGGACAGGGAGCUGUGGUGUCACCCCAAAUGGGUGUCCCUUCGUGGUUGGACAUGGCCAUGGACGUUGGAUGGGGACAGGGAACCACCGGAUGGGGACAGGGACCUGUGGUGUCACCCCAGUUGGGUGUCCCUUUGUGUUUGGAUAUG